UCUCUAUCUCUGUCUCUCUAUCCUCAUUCUCUUGUCUCAUCUCACUCUCUCUGUCUCUGUCUCUCAAAACAUAUUGAAAAUUUCUGAAGCUUUUCUUUAGUUUCUUCUCGAGCCAUGACUCCAAUGAAAGCUGUGUUACAAUUGAGUGUUUACGAAGAAAGAAUCAGGAAGAAGGCUUUUGUCACCGUUUCUAGAUGUCAAGGUGUUGCUUCGAUAGCAUUUGAUAAAACCGGGAAAAUGACGGUAGUUGGUGAAAUUGAUGUACCGGUUAUCGUAAUGAAGUUAAGGAAGCUAUGUAACACAGAGAUUGUUUCUGUUGAAGUUGUUAAACCACCUGAGAAAAAGCCCGAGGAGAAAAAACCGGAAGCUAAACCAGCUGCUCCAGCUAAACCGGAAAUAGUUGCAUGGCCGGUUCAGAUGAGCAACCCUUACCAAUACAAUCCUGCAUAUGCAAAUUGUUACUAUCAACCAUAUGAGACUUCUAGAGUUGUUGUAGACGAACCUGGUUGUGUGAUUAUGUAAUGUUUUUCUAGAGUCAUUUCUAAAUAAUUUUUUUUAAGUUAUCCAACACUUAGUUUUGAUAGAAGAGUGUAAUUUUUUAAUUUUUUUUUUGGGUUACUACUACUUGUAAUAUCCAUUUCUCAUACGAAUGUAAUAACAAUGUCAAUUUCGUUGCGGUUUCAA